AUGGAUACGAAGGAGAAAAGUUUACAUCAGCUGGGAACGUUUGGAGUUGUAGGAGAUGUCUUCAAAAUCAUUCAGUCUCAGCCUAAAUUGCUCAGGACCAUAACUCUAGUGUCGAUUCUCUCUCCCGUUUUAAUAACACUGACAAACAUUUUUAUUGGGCCACAUGUUUUCUCUAUGAUUUUUUACCAGGAAAUAUAUGAAGUAUGGGAUCUGUACAUACUAAAUUGGAUGGAGUUUAUGGUACUGGAACUUGUAUGGACAACAUUGUUUUUUGUGGGGUUGAUGCCUUCUAUAGGAGUAGUUGGGUAUACUGUGGCCGAUGUUUACAAUGGGGAGCAGGGAAACUCUAUCACAUCCCUUCCCGCCGUGUGGAAACGGAUGCUCAUAACAUGCCUGUGGUAUUUUCUUAUGAACUUCGUGAUUAUUUUGGGUUGUUCUUUUGUUCUGUUGCUAUCAGUAAUGAUACAGUAUUGGCUACUCCUUUUAGUUGGGAUGGUGAUUGGUCUGGUAGUGUUCGUGUACUUGGGAAUGUACGUGGCAAUAGUGUGGCAGGUGGCGAAUGUAGUGAGUGUUAUGGAGGAGGAAUAUUAUGGAUGGGAGGGCAUGAAGAAUAGCCGCCAUCUGAUUCAUGGAAAGCGCACCACAGCGUGGGCGCUCUUUGUAGCUUUGAUUGUAAUUGUUGGUCUGUUUAAUUUUGUAGCGGUUAUAGGUUGUUUUUGUCUAGUAGGAUUCGGGGCCAAGUUGUUGUAUGCAAUAGCCUAUGUGGUGUUGGCUUGUGUCAUUAAUUUGAUGUGGGAGGUAACGCAGAGUGUGCUCUACUUUGUGUGCAAAUCUCACCACGGGCACAGCGUAGAUGAAUGGUGUUCUUUGGAGAGCUGCCAUGAGAAGACCAACAAUAAUAAUUGCUAG